CUUUGAUUGUCAAACAAAUAACCUUUUUUCCCGCGAAUGUUUCAUAUAGAAAAACUUUUUAAAGUUGAUGGGAUAUUGAUUAAAAUAACAAUAUUUCUAUUAUUCCUUGAUGAAAAUAUAAUGGCUAAACAAGCCCCUAAAAAAAAGACAGCAAAUGGAUACAAAUUCCCUGAUCAUAUACCUAAAGGAGAGAUUUUGAUAGAUCUUUCAAAAAAAAAAUGGAAAAUUGGAGCCUCUAUAGGAAAAGGAGGUUUUGGCGAGAUUUAUUCAGCGCAAGAAUAUGAUUCUAAAAGUUCAACUUUUCCUUACGUUGUAAAAAUUGAACCCCAUGAAAAUGGUCCACUAUUCGUAGAAAUCAAUUUCUAUAUAAGAAAUGCUAAACCACAAGAAGUUGAAGAAUUCAAAAAUAAAAAAAAAGUCAAAGUUCUUGGAAUGCCAUCUUAUCUGGGAUCAGGAUCUCAUGAGUUCAAAAAUCAGAAAUACAGAUUUUUAGUGAUGCAAAAAUUUGGUAAAGAUAUAUGGAAGCUAUUCUUGGAAAAUGGAAGAAAAUUCCCGAUCCCAACUGUAUUCAAACUAGCGAUUCAAAUUUUAGAUACUUUAGAAUACAUACAUGAGCAUGGUUAUGUCCAUGCUGACAUCAAAGGGGCGAAUAUCUUGUUGGGGUUGACCAAAGAAACUGAAAAUCAGGUUUAUUUAGUAGAUUUUGGGCUUGCCACAAAAUAUCUAUCUGGUGAAUUCAAACCUAAUCCUAAGAAAGCACAUGAUGGAACUAUUGAAUAUCUAAGUAGAGAUGCUCAUAAGGGAGUACCAACAAGAAGAGGAGACUUGGAAAUUUUAGCUUAUAAUUUGAUCCAAUGGUUGGGCUGUACUUUACCUUGGGAAAAAAAUUUAUCAAAUCCUGUGAAAGUACAAGAAAGCAAAGAACAGCAUAUGGAUAAUGUUGAGAAUUUUUUGGAAGAAUGUUUUGACCCAAAAACUGUACCUGCUUCCUUAACUGAAUUCUUAAAAUACAUAAACAAAUUAUCCUUUGAUGAAAAACCAAACUAUGAAAAGAUUAAAAAGAUGUUUGUCAAAGAAAUUGAAAAGAACGGUGAUAAAUUAACAACACCUCUGGUUUUCAAAAAUGGAAGACAAAUAUCUCCUAAAAGGAAACCUGAACUGAAGGAAUCCACUGCUAAAAAAUUGAAAAAGGAUGAAGAAGAAUCUGAUGAAGAGACUGAGCUUGAAAAUGUAGAUAAGAAGACAGUAAAAAAAGUUGUAAGAUCGAGAAAAAUUACACCAAAACAAACAGAAAGUGAAGUUGUUGAAGAAGAUUUUGAUGGUUACACCCCAGAAAUGAGGGCAAUUGCUUUAAAAAAGUCACAGAAUGGUGUUAAAAAGAAUGUUUCUAGAAGUAAAAAAAUGCCAAAGGAGAAUAAUGAUAGUGAAAGCAGUACAGAGAAAGAACAUGUAAAUAUAAAGAAUUUAACAGAUAUUCCUGUCCAGAACGGAGUUAGUGGAAGAAAUAGGAGAAACUUAAAAGUAAUAAACUACAAUGAAGCUGCGUUAUCACCAAAAUAGUUAUUGAAUUGUUGAAGACAACCCUAAUUCACUUGAGUCCUCUUUAUUAAUUGUUUGUUUAUUUUUAUCGUGUCAUUUUUUCUAUUGCUUUCACUUUUCUAGUAUUUGUUCCUGUUUUAAGGAUAUAUCUGAUGUGCAGUCAGAAUUUUUCAAUAAAAGUUUGUUCAAAUAA